AUGAAAGUGCUGACAAUCCUCGCCUUUGGAGCUGCCGCGUCGGCCACACAGUUCAACUAUCCCACGUUCGACAUCCCCGCCUUUGACUUGACCGAUGACAUCUCGCCGGAGGAGGUGUCUCGCCUUGUGCAUAACUUACAAACCACUGGUAUCAUGGCCAUCAAAAACAUCCCCAAUUUCGAGGCCAUUCGAUUCGAGUACUUGCGGUCGGCGGCGGAAUGUUCCUCCACGAAGUUUGACCAGUUGCUCCACAAGGAAUUGGUGGACGGCACGCAACGCCGCACGCUGAGCACCAACACUGCGGGCGUGACCCCCGAGGUAGCGGGUCGGUGCCCCGCCUACGCCUUGGCCCACACUGCGUACACGAAGGUGCUCGACCAAGAAACCAUCAAGUGGGCGACCUUAUUAGACAACGUGGGGAACAGCACCUUCAAGUCAUCGUCGUCGUCGUCGCUCGCAAGCAUUGCCGUAAACGGGUCGCAUUUGGAUCACUUUCACGGGUACACCAACCCCGUGCAGGACGUUCCGUCGUCGCUCGAGUUGUCGCUGGAGAUGCACGAAGACGCCGGUUUGGCCAUCUUGACGUCGGUGCCCCUCUUCUUCGACCAGACAGCCGAUGGCUCGGUCGUUCAAGUCCCAAACCCGGAUGAAAACACGGGGCUGGUCAUUGUAGUGGACGGGGAACGCGUACGUCCAGUGCUCAAGGCGAACGAGCUGGUCAUCAUGACUGGUCAAGGCUUUGAAUCUUGGGGGGAUUUCGGUCACACCUUCCAUCCCGUGCUUCAUGGAAUGAUCAUGCCCCGCAACGCCCCUUCGUCGGUCGUCCGUGCCUUUUCGGGUCGCAUGUUGCUCUUGCUCGCGCAUCAGACGAUGAAGAACACCGGCAUGACCUUCAACGACUACAACCACGCGGUCACCCGUCAUUUGAUGGCUGAAGACGACUCGAUUGUACCCUUGGCCUGCCCGUACGGCCACCAAGGAGGAGUGCAUGGCUAA